GUCCUUGACCAGUGAUGGGCGGGCCGUUGUGCGGGAGAUAUGCGUCCCUCCUAGGGGACGUCCAAUAAGGCCCCAGGCCGCUCCUCCAUUCUGUAAUGAUCUAGCCUCGGUAGUUAUCUGAACUGGGAUGUGCGAGUAGAAUUGAGACUUGAAUGAAUAUGUGGAAUGUAUGUUGUCGUAAAUAAAUGGGUGUGGGCGCCCAGGCUGCGAAGGUCCUUCUGCUCCCAGUGGUAGAUUGGUAUUCAUAGUCUGUGAGAAGACCUCAACCCUCUCUAUUUCCCUCGAUCGAGACGGUGCAUAUCCGAUACACUGCUUGUAUCACGGGCAUAAUCAGAGGCUGUAGAGCAUCAACACCAUGCUUUCACCCACGCAACUUCUCCUCCUCCCUCCAACCCUCCUCCUCUGCCUGGUCAUCCGCCGUAUCCUCACAAACUUCUUCUUCCACCCCCUCUCCUCCUUCCCAGCACCAUUCUACACCCGCCUAACCUCCCUCCCCCUUGCCGUCCUCUCCCUCCUCGGCCGUGAGCCCGAAUUCCUCCACUACCUCACCAAGAAAUACCCCCCCUCCACCCGCGCCAUCCUCAUCACCCCCACCCUCCUCUUCUUCCCCCACGCCUCCUCCCUCAAACCCAUCUACUGGUCCCCAACCCAUAACCACAAGGGCUCCCUCUACGGCACCGGCGCCCUCGGCCCAACCUCCCUCUUCUCCACCAUACCCGCCGAAGACCACAAAUCCCUCCGCAAAUCCCUCGGCGGCGCUCACUGGAGCGUCUCCUACCUCAAAACCUUCCAGGAACCCCGCAUCGACAACCUCGUCACCUUCUUCGUCAACCAACUCUCCCUCCUCCCACCCGACCAUGAGCCCUUCCAAAUGGGGGAGAAGCUCGCCCAGUUCGCCGCCGAUGUCAUGACCCUCCUCGUGUUUGGCAAACCAUGGGGCUUCAUCGCCCACGACCGUGACGAGCGCCGGCUUUUAUCCGCCUUUCGCGAGUCCCUCCCCAUGUUUGCCUUCGCCGCGAGGUGCAACAGCUUCCGGGAUCUGAUUCUUUCAUCCCCGUGGAUAAGGGGCUUGAUCAUGCCCAAGGUGGAUGACAAGACGGGAAGCGGGUAUCUGGCCUCACAAGCCAAACUUGCCGUUGCCCAGCGGGAACAAGAACGAGAACAAGGGAUCGGGGGGGAGGGGAAAAUGAGGGAUUACCUCGACUAUACCCUUGACGCACGAGAUGGGAACGGCAAGCCGUUGACCAGGGCGCAAAAGGAGGCCCACGCCACGCUUCUGAUCCAGGCCGGGGCAGACACAACGGGUAGCGGGCUUGGGGCGGUGCUGAGAUUGAUGCUGGAGCACGGCGAGUGUAUGAAAAAGGCAAGAAGGGAGAUCGAGGUGGCAGAUGAGAAGGGUUUGCUGUCUACGCCGGUGCUGUAUGAGGAGACCAAACAGCAUCUGCCGUAUUUUGUUGCUUGCAUCAAAGAGGGACUGAGAGUCAACCCUCCUGCUCCGAAUCUGUUCGGCCGCAUUAUUCUCGAAAAGGGCGGCACCGUCAUUGACGGGGUGCAUGUUCCUCAAGGAGCAGAGGUGUGCAGCAAUCCAUACGUCGUGGGUCGUGAUCCCGAGUUGUAUGGCCCCGACGCCGAGGCUUUCGAGCCUGAGAGGUGGCUUAAUGGCAACGAGAAACGUCAAGCCGAGAUGGAGGCGGCGAAUUUCGUGUUCAGCAUGGGACCAAGAGUUUGUCUGGGGAAGGAAAUUGCCAUGAUGGAGAUGUACAAGGUUUUGCCCGAGAUUGUGAGAAGGUUUGACUUUGAGGUUGUCUCGGCUGGCAAAUAUGUUGAUCGAGGGGGCGUGGCGUGCAACAAAGACUUCAUGGUGAGAGUACGGCGUAGGGCUUAG